CAGAUCGGCGUGACCCGCACCCCCACCGACCACCUGAGGCCAGAAGCGCCUCCAGACAGCAACAGGUGAAACAAGACCCCAACUUCUUACUUUUUUGUUCCGUCGCCUAUAAUUCUGUUCUUGUUUUUAUUUCUAUCCUCGAGGGACAUUUUUUAAUCGAUAUUAUUAACUUUCCAUGGGAGUUCUUUCGCCUCCCUACCCUCGCUUCUCUCCUCGUUUUCACACUCGUUUCUCUCCAGCGUCUAGUCUCUCCACAGCCAGCCAAAAAGUCAACGGCGCGGUCUAGGCCCAUUACGUAGCCCGCCAGGAAAUUAUCGGAUUCUGUCUGUGGACGUUGCUUGGUUUUGAUAUAAUCAACUGUCCAUGCCUCGCCGGUAAACGCUGGACGUUGUCGCUCGUUCUGUGUCGAUUUGUCGAGUUCUCGUGUGCAUCAACAUGGCCGACUCGGUUUAUCCGCCAAUCGGCCACAUCGUCGCUGCCCGUGACGAUAAUUCGACGAACCCGACAGACACUUUUCUCUCGCUAAUCCAGAGCCCAUUCAGAUCAUCUUUCCAAGUCAACGCUUUCUGGGCCUCCCUCGGCACCUCUAUUGGCAUCAGCGUCGUUCUCGCCCUGCUCUUCUCCCUCUUUAGACCGCACCACAACGUCAUCUAUGCGCCAAAGAUCAAGCAUGCAGACCAAAAACAUGCCCCGCCUCCCGUCGGAAAGGGCUUAUUUGCCUGGGUCCCGCCUGUUAUCAAGACCAAGGAGGAAGCCUUUACAGACCGCAUCGGCUUGGAUGCCGCCGUCUUCUUGCGAUGUGCCAGAAUGAUGCGAAAUAUGUUCUCGAUUAUGGCCGUCAUUGGAUGCGCUGUGCUUAUCCCCGUCAACUUGAUGCAGAACAACGGCUCUGCUACCACAGACACCUCCGCUUUUACUCGCAUGACCCCGCUGCAGAUCAAAACCGAGGCGGCAUGGAGCCAGGUUGUCUGCGCGUAUGCCUUUGACUUUAUCGUCAUAGCAUUCCUGUGGUACAAUUAUAGAGCCAUUCUCAAACUGCGGAGGCGCUAUUUUGAAAGCGCUGAAUAUCAAAUGAGUCUGCAUGCUAGGACGUUGAUGUUAACCGAUGUUCCUCAGAACUUGCGCUCCGAGGAAGGAUUGAUGCGAUUGACCGACGGAGUCAACCCGACAUCCGCUCUGCCUCGAACCACCAUCGGACGCAAUGUGAAGGAACUCCCGUCUCUGAUCAACAAGCAUGAAGAAGCCGUAAGACAGUUGGAGUCUGUUCUUGCCACUUAUUUGAAAAAUCCUGAUCACCUCCCUAUCAAUCGGCCGACAAUGCGACCUGCUCGGAAACACAAGGGAGAACUUGGAUCCGGAAAAGUGGACGCCAUAGACUAUCUGACUGAUCGGAUCCAGGAGCUCGAGGCCAGAAUUAAGGAUGUUCGCCAAUCAGUCGAUAAGCGGAACACCAUGCCAUAUGGGUUCGCGAGUUGGGAAGCCAUUGAACACGCCCAUGCCGUUGCGUAUACCGCACGGAACAAGAAACCACAAGGCACCACCAUUCAACUAGCACCGCGUCCGCACGACAUUAUCUGGGAGAAUUUGCCGUUGUCACGGGCCACAAGAAGGUGGCGUCGUAUGGUGAAUGUAUUCUGGGUGCUGCUUUUGACUGUGCUUUGGAUCGCGCCUAACGCCAUGAUUGCUAUCUUUUUAUCUGAUCUGUCUAACCUUGGUCUUGUCUGGAAGGGAUUCCAAACCUCUUUGGAACAACAUCCCAAGGUUUGGGCUGCGGUUCAGGGUAUCGCAUCGCCUGCUUUGACCUCGCUGAUUUACCUCAUCUUGCCCAUCAUCUUCCGCCGUCUCAUGCGUCGUGCAGGCGACAAAACCAAGACUUCACGAGAGCGCCAUGUCAUUCAUUAUCUAUAUUUUUUCUUCGUCUUCAACAACUUGGUUGUCUUUUCCUUAUUUUCUGCUGCCUGGGCCUACGUAUCUGCCGUCAUUAACGCUAAGAACAACAACGAAAGUGCAUGGGACGCCGUGAAGGAAGGGAAUUUCUGGUAUAAAGCAAUGAGUGCUCUUUGCCAGGUUUCUCCUUUCUGGGUCACGUGGCUGUUGCAGCGUAAUCUCGGCGCUACACUAGAUCUUGUGCAGCUUUUUACUGUUGUGUGGAAAUGGUGGAUGAAGACUUUCAUGGCGGCGACUCCUCGCCAAAACAUCGAGUGGACUGCUCCCCUGCCGUUUGACUAUGCAAGCUAUUACAACUACUUCCUCUUCUAUGCCACUGUGGCACUUUCUUUUGCUACGCUGCAGCCAAUCAUCCUUCCUGUCGCGGCGCUCUACUUUUGUUUGGACUGCGGAUUGAAGAAGUACCUGCUCAUGUAUGUGUUCGUCACGAAAACCGAGUCUGGUGGUCGUUUCUGGCCUAUUGUUUUCAAUCGCAUGAUUUUUGCAACGAUCUUGGCAGAUUUCGUUGUCGCUUUGGUUGUCAAGUCUCAGGGUACUUUGAAUAUGGUUUAUGCCCUUGUUCCUUUGCCAUUCAUUAUGCUCGGUUUCAAAUGGUACUGUGCCAGGACAUUCGACGCCGAUAUGAUCUAUUAUAACCAUGGAACGCUCAGCGAUGCUGAAGCACUCGGUCCCGGACCUGGCAAGGGCAUCAAGCGGGCUGGUGAUCGGUUGAAUGCCCGCUUCGGCCAUCCAGCUCUAUACAAACCUCUGCUCACGCCCAUGGUCCACGCACGAGCUGCAGAACUUCUAAAGUCGAUCUACCGUGGUCGCCUAGGCAAUUUCGACACAACUGCUGGAUACUCAGAUAUCGCCAUGCAGUCCAUGUCCACCUCUGUCCCCGGCAAGACCGAACCCCAGCCCAACGCGCCAUUCGAAAUCGUCAACGAGAACCAACUCGACUUCUCGUACUUCAAAAACCGUGCUGAUUUCCGUGAUGAAUUCGGCGGUGGAAUCUACGGCCGUCCUGAAGACCUCAUUUCUGAGCGUUCACAGACCCCACGCACAUUCUUCGGCGACUCUCCCGACUCCUCUCGUGCUUCUUCUCCUUCUUCCCUGAUCCCACGGAAGCUCGAGGGGAGUUACGAACCCAUCGCCAUAGCCCAUCACACCAACAGAUCAACAGACUCUCUCCCCGAGCACCCUGCCUUCCGUCCCCCAGCAUCCCGCUCCAGCAGCGCCGGCAUGAUGCCCACUGAUGGUUCUGCUCUAUACCGCAAUGACUCGAACGAGAGCGAGUCCCGCUUACUCCACUACCCGCAGCCCAUGGCUGCCCCUGGAGCCGGCACCGGGGAACUCCACACUCUCGACCGUUGGCGAACAGCUGGCUAUGGCCCUCUCUCUCAGGAGGAUGCGAACAACAAUAAUCCGACAUCAUACGAUUACUACCGUGGACGACGAUAAAUAUGAAAAAAUAUUCCCAUUUAGCGAAUUGAAUUUAGUUAGUGAUGUUUUAUGUGGAGGGUACUGUAUUUUAGGUGUUGUUUCUUUUUCAUGGACAUAUCAAGCCCGUUAUUCUUCCUGGUUUGCAUCUUUAUUGGAGAAUUUAUGUAUAGCUAUCCACUGAAUGUACUGGUGUACAAUGAUACGACGAUAUUAGAAAUUUCAAUCAGAUGGACACAUAGCUGUCUUGUAUCUACUCAGUCUUCUGCUACGAGCAAUUUCUUCUUAGAUCUAUACUGAGAGCCUGGUAUAAUUAGGGUUAGGGGAGAUUUGAAGAUAAGAGUGCAUGUAGAUGUCUCAAGAACGCUG